CCCUCCGCCUUGUGUCUGCUUCUCACUGGCAACUCUGGCAUUAUGCAGAGACUUAUACUGCUACUCUUAACCAUUUCCCUUCUACUAGAUCGAGAUCUUCUAGUGAGAAGUGAAUUUGUACUGGGCGGAAUAUGUGGUUAUGGGACUGCCCGCUGCCGGAAGAAAUGUCAAAACCAAGAAUACAAAAUUGGAAGAUGCCCCAACACCUACGAAUGCUGUUUGAAGAAAUGGAAUGAGAGCUUACUGAAUCUUACCAAACACUGAAACGCAGCAGCGCUGGUCCCUAGAGUCACUGGAAGCAAGACCUCGGUGACUU